AUGCAAGAAUCUGUUUCCGCCGCAAAGUAUCACCUGGACUCGCUGCAGACUGCGCACCUAGCCGAGCUGGGCGCUCUGCGAGCAGCCCGUGCGUCGGCCACGGCAGAGGAGUUCGAGACCGAGCAAGAGAGGAUGGCGGAGUGGGCCUCGAGGAUCCGGGCCACCACCCAGGAGGCCGCGGCCUUGCAGGCACAGCAGCAAAUGGCUCAGGCGCACCUCAAGGCCUUGCAGGCCAUGAUCAGCAGCACAGCGGGGCAGGUGCGCUCCAGGGAAGCUGUGCUGUAUGGCGUCUUGCGGCAGGCUGAGGAGUACGAAGCGGCCGCACUCAACGCACAGCAGCCUGAGGAGGCUGCCGCCGCGGCCCCGCGGCCAGCCUUCCAGGAAGACACGGAGGAGGCGAUGCUCAAGCAGAGGCUGUGGCAGCUGACAGCGUCCUGCGACAAGUUGGUCGAUGAGGCAUGCUUCAAGUUAAUCUCGUUGGCCAUGUACGAGUGCAGGUUCUUGCUCGUCUAG